AUUUUGUGAGUCUAACUUUUAUUCAUUCUCACAGUUUAAACUUGAAAGCACAUCUCUGAUAUUCUCUUCAUCAGUCCAUCUGUCCGCCGUGGUCUGGGCUGGAGCAGUCAAACAGGACACUGGUGUCCGAUCCGUCACUGUCGGGGAAAACGUGACGCUGCAAUGCUUCUAUGAAAAGAUAAUCGCGAUGCACUUCUCCUGGUACCAGCAAACCCUCGGAGGAAGACUUGAGCUUCUAUUUUUCUUUCACAAAUACGAUGACCCGUCUAAAGUGGACCACUGGCUGAAGAAGAACCCUCGAUUUUCUCUGCAGAAGGAGGACGGCUUCAACCACUUACACAUCUCUGACGUGCAGCUCUCAGAUUCAGCCACUUAUUUCUGUGGAAGCUCGCACACCAACAAGGUGGAGUUUGGGGACGGCGUCUUUCUUAGCGUUAAAGAAAAAAGUCAGGCAGAAAUCAUCGUCCAGGAACCGACGUCGGAGAUCAUCCCAUCUGGUGGCUCCAUCAACUUCAGCUGUACGGUUCACACUGGGAACUGUGGGGAAGGACACACUGUCUGCUGGUUCAGACAUGGCUCUCAGCCGGGGGUCCUCCACACACAGAGAAAACACUGCAAACCUGUCGCUGCUCCAGGACCUCCUUCAUGGAACUGUACCUACAGUUUGCAGAAGAAGAACCUGAACUUCUCUGAUGCUGGAACCUACUUCUGUGUUGUAGCCUCCUGUGGGAAGAUGCUGUUUGGGAGUGGAACCGAGGUGAUGGUCAGAAGUCAAGCAGCUCAGACUACAGUUUUAGUUCAGCUAUCUGUCAUUAGAACAGGGAUUCUUCUGCUUUUUAUUGUCAGCUGUGUGCUUUUUGUCAGAAAAAAAUAAUGCAAGACCAUAAGGUUGAAAGUAGAUUUGAGGACCUGUAAAAAACUUUUAUUUGCAAAAUCACUGUUUUAUGGAUUUUUUUUAAUGCAAUUUUUGCUUGUUAUUUUUCCUAACCCAGUGCACUAUAUUCUGUGCUCUGAUUGGAUGUUGACCUUGUCAAUCAUCUUCUCUGGACUGUAUCUCCUGUACAGAAUGUGUUUAACUGUCCUCCAAUCGCAAUCAGAUCUUAGCUUUCUUUCUGUGAUACUGGACUUUUUUUUCUAUGACAGUUUGAAUUUCAGGAAUUGAAAAGUCUGAAAAUGGUUAGUGGGGAGUUGAACAGCCUGUAAUCCCACUUUGCUGAUUUCACCUAUCACGCAUUAUUUUUAGAAUGUAACUCCCACAAUAAAUGAGGCAAACUGUUACAACUUAAUUCACUGUUAUCCAAUUUCAUUCUGUUGAAAGUUUCAUCCAAGCUCUUAUUUAUGGCACAUUUUUAUUUCAUACCUAAAGAAAUAUAUUCAAGCUUUGUCUUUCUGUGGCUUUAAAUAGCAAACGUGUGUAACAUAUAAAGGAAUCAAAGAGCUUAAUAAAAUGAAAGGUUCUCCACUCUUAAAGUUAUUUUUGAUUACUGAUUAACAAUAAAAUGA